GUGACCAUGGCGCGCGCAGGUAGGAGCUCCGCUCGCGUUCCGCUCGUCUUGCUGCUCUUGUGGACUCUGUCGCACAACUCAGCAUCCAGCCAAGUCCGCCAAGAGUUCCAGGUCCUGGAGGAGCAGCCGGUCGGCACGUACGUGGGCACGAUAGAGACCAAACCCAGCUUCACGUACCGCUUCAGCGAAAACCACAAACUUUUCUCAAUUAACGGCACCACGGGGGUGAUCUCCACGUCCUCCGUGAUCGACCGGGAGCUGCUGCAGAGCGACGUGAUUAACGUGGUGGUGCUGUCCAGCCAGCCCACCUACCCCACCGAGGUCAGGAUCGUGGUUCUGGACCUGAACGACAACUCCCCGGUGUUCCCCGACGCCUCCAUCGUGGUGUCCUUUAAGGAGGACGCCAGCAGCGGCCGGCAGGUCAUCCUGGACACGGCCACGGACUCGGACAUUGGAAGUAACGGCGUGGACCACACCACCUACAGGAUAGUCAAAGGCAACGAGCAGAGGAAGUUCCGGCUGGACAUCACAGUCAACCCCAGCGGGGAGGGGGCCUUCCUACACCUGGUUUCCACUGGAGGCUUGGACCGGGAGGUGACCCCGUCCUACCAGCUCCUCAUCGAGGUGGAGGACAAAGGAGACCCCAAGAAGUUUGGAUACCUGCAAGUGAACGUCACCAUCCAGGACAUAAAUGACAACCCCCCAGUGUUCGAGCAGGACCAGUAUGUGACCAGUGUUUAUGAGGAUGCAGCAGUGGGUUCCAGCGUCCUGCAGAUCACAGCCUCAGAUCAGGACGAGGGAGUCAACGCCGAGAUCAGGUACUACUUAGACGAGGGGACGCCUUUCCAGAUCGACCCGAAAGCAGGCACUAUUAUUAUAAAGGAAGGUUUAGACUUUGAGAGUAAGAAAGAAUACUCCCUGACCAUCCAUGCAGUGGACAACGGGGUGCCGGCUCUGUCCGGCAGAACAGAGGCCACCAUUAAACUGGUAGAUGUGAACGAUAACGACCCGGUGGUGAAGUUCAGAUAUUUUCCCACCACUUCGAAGUUCGCCUCUGUUGAUGAAAACGCUCAGAUUGGCACGGUUGUGGCUUUGCUGACAGUUUCAGACUCGGACUCCCCCACAGCUAAUGGCAACAUCUCUGUUUCCAUCUUGGGGGGGAAUGAGCAGAGGCACUUUGAAGUGCACACGUCUCCUGUGCCCAAUUUAAGUCUGAUCAAAGUGGCCAGCGUGCUGGACCGAGAGAGGAUCUCCUCCUACAACCUGACCGUGUCCGUGUCAGACAACGGCAAGCCCACGGCCCGGUCCUCCUUUGCAAGCCUGGUUAUUUUUGUGAAUGAUAUCAACGAUCACCCGCCCAUAUUCCAGGAAAGCCUGUACCGAGUGGAUAUCAGUGAAGACAUACCCAAAGGCAGCUACAUUAAAGGGGUUUCUGCCACAGAUGGCGACUCCGGGCAGAACGCCAAUCUGCGCUACGCUCUGGUGUCUGGAAACGCUUUGGGCUGGUUCACCAUCAGCGAGAACAGCGGUCUGGUUACCAGCGCCGCUUUGCUGGAUCGAGAAAUAGCGUCUGAAAUUGUGCUGAACAUCAGUGCCAAAGACCAGGGGCUGCAGCCCAAGAUCUCUUACACUAAACUGGUCAUUAACAUCACGGAUGUGAACGACCAGGUGCCUACGUUCACCCAGAGCACUUACCACGUGUCCCUGGCGGAGCACGCUCCCGCCGGCACCGAGCUGCUGCUGCUGUCGGCCUCGGACGACGACCUGGGCGCCAACGGGACGGUCCGCUUCUCGUUUGAAGCGGAGACGCCGGCCGGCGUCCGGGAGCUGUUCCGCCUGGACGGCGCGUCGGGCCGGCUGAGCACGGCGGUGGAGCUGGACCGGGAGGACCAGGCGUCCUACCUACUCCACAUCCAGGCGGCAGACGCCGGCAGCCCCCCCCUGCAUUCUGUGGGCAGAGUCAACAUCACCGUGUCGGAUAUCAACGACAACAGGCCGCUGUUCUACCCUCUGCAGUAUUUUGCUAAUGUGAAAGAGAACGAGCCGGCGGGUUCUUACGUGACCACCGUUUCAGCCACAGACCCCGAUUUAGGCCGAAACGGCACCGUGAAGUACAUCAUUACAGCCGGAGACGCGUCUGUAUUCCGCAUCAACAGCAACACGGGGAAGAUUAGCACGAUGGUCCCUCUGGAUAGAGAGGAGAAAACCACGUAUCAGCUGCAGGUGACGGCGGCGGACGGCGGCGGCCUGCGCUCGCACACUCAGGCCAUAGUGACGGUGACUGUGAUCGACACGCAGGACAACCCGCCCGUCUUCAGCCAGCAGGCCUACAGCUUCGUCAUGUUUGAAAACGUGGGCCUGGGCAGCGUGGUGGGGACGGUGUCGGCCACCACGGUGGAUCUGAACACCAACAUUUCGUAUUUAAUCACCUCGGGUGACCAGAGGGGCGUCUUCUCCGUGAACGGCGCCGGUCAGAUCACGGCCUCCAGCCCCAUCGACAGGGAGGAGCAGGCCUUCUACCAGCUGAAGGUUGUAGCCAGGGCUGGAGAGAUCACAGGAGAGGCUUUUGUUAACAUAACAGUGAAAGACUUAAACGAUAACGCUCCUCAUUUCAUUCACUCCGUGGAGCACGUGAGCGCCGUGGAAAACUGGAGCACAGGUCACGCAAUAUUCCAGGCCAAAGCCUCGGAUCCCGACGAAGGCACGAACGGCAUGGUGGUCUACCGCCUCACGCAGAACCCCAGGGGCCUGUUCCACAUUCACGAGAAGCACGGCCUCAUCACGCUGACCGGGCCGCUGGAGGUCACCACCAGCUCCUACCAGGUGGAGGUGAGCGCGUCCGACAUGGGCGUCCCGCAGCACACGUCCAGCCUCGUCCUCGUCGUCAGCGUCUACGACGUCAACGACAACUCGCCCGUGUUCGACCAGCUCUCGUACGAAGUCAUCAUUCUGGAGUCGGAGCCCGUCAACAGCCGCUUUUUUAAAGUGGAGGCCACGGACCGGGACUCGGGCCUGAACGGCGAGAUCAUGUACGACAUAGCCGGGGGCAACACGGGUGACGUGUUUGGCAUUUUUCCAGACGGGCAGCUGUACAUCAAGUCAGAGCUGGACAGAGAGAUCCAGGACAGAUAUAACUUGGUGAUCGCAGCCAGAGACAGGGCCGUGGAGCCGCUCAGCGCUUCGGUCAACGUCACUGUGGUGUUAGACGACGUGAACGACAACCGGCCCCUCUUCAACAGCACCAAUUAUGUGUUUCAUUUUGAGGAAGAGCAGAAAAGGGGGUCUCUGGUGGGGCAGGUUUUUGCUGAGGAUAAGGACUUCGGGCCUAACAGUGAGGUCCGGUAUACUUUUGAGGCCCCGCAGUCCAACUUUGAGCUGAACGCCAUCACGGGGGAGCUGACCAGCACCCUGCGGCUGGACCGCGAGUCGCUCAUGAGACAGAGGGGCGCCGCCGUCUUCAGCUUUGUGGUGGUCUCGUCAGACCAGGGUCUCCCAAAACCCCUGAGAGACCAGGCUAAAGUGCAAGUUUACAUACAAGACAUCAAUGACAACCCGCCUAAGUUCACCAAAGACAUUUACCAGGCCUCCAUCUCAGAGUCUGCUCUCAACAUGACUCAGCUGCUGCGGGUCUCGGCCUCAGAUGUGGAUGAAAACAAAAACGGACUGGUGCGCUAUCACAUCGCGGAGGGGAACGAGGAAGGUCAGUUCUCCAUAGACAGCAGCUCGGGACAGGUGACUUUAGUGGGAAAGCUUGACUAUGAAUCCACGUCCUCGUAUUCACUGAAGAUCCUGGCCGUGGACGCCGGCGCCGUGGCCCUGUCCUCCUCAUGCAUGCUCAGCAUCAGCAUCCUGGACGAAAAUGACAACUCCCCCUCCUUCCCCAAGUCCUCGCUGUCUGUGGACGUCCUGGAGAACAUGAGAAUCGGGGAACUGGUUGCCUCUGUGACCGCCAGCGACGCCGAUUCAGGCCAGAACGCAGACAUAGUGUACAGCAUCACAGCCACCAACAACCACGGCACGUUCAGCAUCAGCCCCAACACCGGCAGCAUCUUCCUGGUCAGAAAACUGGACUAUGAAACUCAGUCUAUGUACAAACUCAACGUCACUGCAAAGGACAACGGGAGGCCGUCGCGCUCCUCGUCCGUCCCCGUGGUUAUCCAUGUCCGGGACUUUAACGACAACCCCCCCAUAUUUACACCGGGAGACAUUUUCAAGUCCAUCCCUGAAAACCUGCCCGUGUCCACCUCGGUCCUGACCGUCACGGCUCACGACACCGACGCGGAUAUCAACGGUGAGCUGGAGUACUCCAUCGUCCAGCAGAUCCCCCGGGGGGGCCACUUCAGCAUCGACCCCGGCUCUGGCCUCAUCUACACCAACAGGGAGAUUGACAGGGAGUUCUCCAACCUGUUUGAGCUGACGGUUAAAGCCACCGACCAGGCGGUGCCCGCCGAGUUCCGACGCUUCGCCCUGAAAAAUGUCACCAUCUGGGUCACGGACCAGAACGACAACGUCCCAACCUUUGUUUCCCAGAAUGCCCUUGUAGCUGAACCUAACAUAGUCAUCGGCUCCAUCCUGACUACGGUGGUGGCCUUUGACCCCGACGACGGCGCCAACGGGGAGGUGGAGUAUGAGCUGGUGGAAGGGGACUCGGACACGUUCAUCAUGGACCGGUACAGCGGAGACAUCCGCCUGGCGUCCCAGCUGGUCCCGUCCCGACUCACCUACACUCUCCGUGUGUCGGCCACCGACCACGGCACCGAGCGCAAGACAUCCAGGACGGAGCUGACCAUCAUCCUGCAGGGCGUGGACGGGCCCGUUUUCUCCCAGCCCAAAUACAUCACCAUCGUGAAGGAGGGCCAGCCGCCGGGCACCAACGUCAUCCUCCUGGACGCCUCCAGCCCCAGGGGCUCGGCCUCCAGAGUGGAGUACUUCAUCGUGGCCGUGCGCAGCGGCGGCAAGUCCGUGGGGAGACUCUUCACCAUUGGCCGCCACACGGGAAUGAUACAGACGGCGGCGGAGCUGGACCGGGAGCAGGGCUCCGACCUCUACCUGCUGGAUGUAUACGCCAUCGAGACGGACGCCAGCCAGCCCCGGACGCAGCGGGCAGAGGUGGAGAUCACGCUGCAUGACGUCAACGACAACCCGCCCGUCUUCCCCAGCGACAUCCUGGACGUGACCAUCGAGGAGAACAUCGGAGACGGCUUUAAGAUCAUGCAGCUGACGGCCACCGACGCCGACCAGGGUCCGAACGCUCUCGUCACCUACACCAUCAUCAGCGGGGCGGACGACAGCUUCCGGAUCGACCCCGAGUCUGGUGAUCUGAUCGCCACCAAGAAGCUGGACCGCGAGCGGCGCUCCAAGUAUUCCCUCCUGGUGCGAGCAGACGACGGGAAGCAGUCGUCCGACAUGAGGCUCAACAUCACCGUGAAGGACGUCAACGACCACAUGCCCAAGUUCUCCAGGGCAACGUACUCCUUCGAUAUUCCGGAAGACAUGGCACCAGGUUCCAUUGUUGCCGCCAUCCUGGCCAGCGACUCGGACUCGGGGCUGAACGGAGAGGUCACCUACUCGCUGGAGGAGGACGACGAGGACGAGACGUUCCUCCUGAACCCGGUGACCGGCGUCUUCAACGUCACGCGUCCGUUGGACUACGAGACUCAGCCGUAUUACAUCCUGACGGCGAAGGCCCGGGACGGCGGCGGGCAGGCCAGCGUGGUCAGAGUUUACUUCAACAUCCUGGACGUAAACGACAACCCGCCCGUCUUCAACACCUCCACGUACAGCACCUCGGUGUCGGAGAGUCUGCCGCCGGGCUCCAGCAUCGUCACGGUGACGGCCAGUGACGCCGAUGACGGGCCCAAUGCCAGCCUUCUCUAUAAAAUUGCUUCAGGCGAUCCUCAGAGCCAUUUCGCCAUCACCAAGUCGGGAGUUCUCCAGACCCGGAAGGCCCUGGACCGUGAAACUCAGUCUUUUUACAACCUGGUGAUCACAGUCAACGACCUGGCUCCGCCCCCCAUGAGCCGCUUCACCAGCACCGCCCAGGUGUCCAUCAUUCUUCUGGACGUCAACGACUGCUCGCCGACCUUCACCUCCCAGAAGAUGACCUACAUCCAGGAGAACACGCCGGUGGACACGGUGGUGUUCACCGCCCACGCCACCGACGCCGACAGCGGGCCCAACAGCUACGUGGAGUACUCCCUGAGAGGAGCGUCGGGGAGCAAGUUCAGCGUGGGAACCAUCGACGGCGACGUCCGGCUGGUCGGGGAGCUGGACCGAGAGGAGCUGUCCAACUACACCCUCACCGUGGUCGCCACGGACAAAGGCCAGCCGCCUCUGUCUUCAACCAUGGACGUGACCAUGAUCGUUCUGGACGUCAACGACAACACGCCCAGCUUCUCCCAGAACAUCUACGACAUCGAGAUCGAGGAGAACACCCUGACGGGGACCGACGUCAUCCAGGUUUUCGCCAGCGACGCCGAUGACGGCACCAACGGGCAGAUCAGAUUCUCCAUCACUGGGGGGAACGUCAACUCUGACUUCAGGAUGGAUUCGGUGACGGGGGUGAUUUCGGUGGCCAAGCAGCUGGACCGUGAGACCCGGGCCACCUACUCGCUGUCGGUCCAGGCCGCGGACCGCGGCAGCAGCCCCAGAGUGGACCGGGCCACAGUCAACGUGGUUUUGCUGGACGUCAACGACUGCUCGCCGCUGUUCGAGCUUUCUCCCUACACUGUCAACGUUCAGGAGAACCUGGAGAACCUCCCAAAGAGCAUUCUUCAGGUCGUGGCCAGAGACGACGACCAGGGCGCCAACGGCCAGCUGAGCUACAUGCUGAGCGGCGGCAACGAGGAGGGCGCCUUCACGCUGUCGUCCAGCGGCCAGCUGAGCCUGACGCAGACGCUGGACCGGGAGGUGCGGGGGAAGUACGAGCUGCUGGUCACGGCCACGGACUCAGGGUCUCCGUCGCUGAGCGGAACCGGCACGGUCAUGGUCCUGGUGGACGACGUCAACGACAACGUCCCCGUCUUCACCUCCUCCACCUUCCACACCUCCAUCAAGGAGGACGCGCCCACGGGGACGGACGUGCUGCUGGUCAACAGCUCCGACGCAGACGUGGGCAUCAACGGCGUCAUUAGCUACAGCCUGAGCGGAGGACACGGCCAGUUCUCCAUCAACCCGGCAACAGGACAGAUUAUCACCAGCUCCCUGCUGGACCGAGAAGACAGGGCCAAUUACCAGCUGCUGGUCGUGGCGACAGAUGGCGGCCGGCCCGAGGGCCUGUCCAGCUCGGCCACAGUGUCGGUGACAGUGGCCGACAUCAACGAUAACCCUCCACGCUUCCACCACCACCCUUAUGUCACCCACAUCCCCGCCUCCACCGCCGCAGGCUCCUUGGUAUUUGCUGUGACCGUCACCGACGAGGACUCCGGAUCCAACUCCCAGCUGCACUACUCCCUCCUGGGGCGCAACUCUGAGAAAUUCAAGAUCGACCCGGUCCGCGGCGCCAUCACAGCCAAUGAAAAACUGACCGGCAGCUCGGAAGUUACUCUGACGGUCCGGGUAAAAGACGGCGGAGCGAAUCCCAAAACAGACAUGACCACCGUGACGGUCCGCUUCGUCACCGGAGGGAACUUUCCCGUCAUCAAGCUGAAGGAGCGCUCGUUCACGUUCCCGGAGAGCCAGCCCAACAACCAUAUCGUGACGACCGUGACGGGCUCCUCCAUGAGAGGCGGGCCGCUGUCCUACUACAUCGCCAGCGGGAACCUGGAUAACGCCUUUCACAUCGACCAACUGUCAGGAGAGCUGUCGAUCAGACACCCGCUGGAUUACGAGCACAUCCAGAAGUACGUUCUGUGGAUUGAAGCCAGAGAUCAGGGCUUCCCACCGUAUUCCUCCUAUGAGAAGGUGGAAAUAACAGUGUUGGAUGUGAACGACAAUCACCCCGUGUUCGAAAAGGAUCCCUUCCACGCCGAAGUCCUGGAAAAUCUGUCCCCCCAGCGCGUGCUGGUGGUCUCCGCUGUGGACCUGGACAGCGGGUCCAACGGGCAGCUGGAGUACGCCAUCAUGGAGGGCAACAGAGAAAACAGCUUCAGCAUUAAUCGAGCCACCGGUGAAAUCCGCACCACGAGGCCGCUGGACAGGGAGAAAGUAGCCGUGUACACGUUGAAAGUCAGAGCCACCGAUCGCGGUUUGCCGCCCAAAAACACAGCCGUCAAAGUGCUGAUCAACGUGCUGGACGUGAAUGACAACGCCCCCAGGUUCUCAAAGAUCUUCAGUGCCACGGUGGCUGAGAACGCGCCUGUGGGCUUCACUGUCACCAGAGUCACCACCACAGACGAGGACGCCGGUUCAAAUGCCAUCAGCCGAUACUCCAUCACAGACACCAGCCUUCCCUUCAACAUCAACACAAACACGGGAGACAUCACCAUCAGCAGGCCACUCAACCGAGAAGACACGGACCACUACAUCGUGAAGGUGUCCGCUCACGACUCGGGCUGGACAGUGAGCACAGACGUCACCAUUUUUAUCACUGAUGUCAACGACAAUGCUCCCAGAUUCAGCCGACCGUCGUACUAUCUGGACUAUCCCGAGCUCACAGAGGUGGGCUCUCUGGUCACGCAGGUGUCUGCCGCCGAUCCUGACCAAGGUUUCAAUGGAAAAAUCUUUUAUUUCAUCCGAUCUCAGUCAGAGUAUUUCCGGAUUAACGCCAGCUCUGGGGAGAUCUUUGUCAAGCAGCAGUUGAAAUAUCAGAACUCGACAGGUGCCAGUAGUAUAAAUAUAAAUCGCCACAGCUUCAUUGUCACUGCCUCAGAUCGAGGAGUCAAGCCUCUGAUGAGUGAGACCACGGUCAUCGUAAACAUCGUUGACAGUAACGAUAAUCCUCCCGAGUUUGAUUCGCCUAACUACUUUACCCCGGUCACUAAGAGCGUGAAAGUUGGCACUCGGCUCAUCAGAGCUGUAGCUCACGACAAGAAAGACUUUGGCCUUAAUUCCGAGGUUGAGUACCUCAUAACAGGAGGGAACAGCUCCACUAAAUUCAAACUGGAUAAAACAAGUGGAUGGAUUACUGUGGCCUCCUCGCUCACAUCUGACAUGAAUAAAAUUUUCCUCAUUGAAGUUAGUGCGACUGACCGAGGAAAUCCUCCUCUGUCGUCGCGGACGUCAGUGAGGAUCGCCGUCACGGAGGAAAAUCACCACACACCUGAGUUCUCACAAAGCCAAAUCUCAGCCACCAUCCCUGAAAGCCUUGCAGUGGGGACAGCAAUAAGGACUCUGUCUGCCAGAGACAAAGAUAAAGAGAUGAAUGGCCUUAUCACGUACAGUUUGACUUCUGGCAAUGACAACAACCUGUUUGUACUGAACAGUAAGACUGGAGUGUUAUCCCUGGCUCUCCCUCUGGACUUUGAAGAAAAACAACAGCAUGAGCUGCGAGUCUCCGCCACAGAUGGCGGCUGGAUUGCAAAGACAAGCUACGUCUCCAUCACCAUCCACGUGACUGAUGUCAAUGACAACUCUCCCACGUUUGACCCUGAUGAGUACUUCCCCGAGGUGCAGGAAAACGUUCCCAGCGGCACCACUGUGGUAAAACUGAACGCUACAGACCGUGACUCGGGAGCCAAUGCAGUGAUGGCGUAUGUGAUCCAGUCGUCAGACAGUGACCUCUUUGUUAUUGACCCCAACACCGGCACUAUCACCACUCAGGGUUUCUUAGAUUAUGAAGCCAAACAGGUCUACCAUUUAACAGUAAAGGCCUUCAAUGUCCCAGAUGAGGAGCGCUGCAGCUUUGCCAAUGUCAACAUUCAGCUGAAGGGAGCCAAUGAAUACGUGCCCCGCUUCGUCUCCAAACAGUACUACUUUGAAGUCUCUGAAGCUGCUCCAAAAGGAACAGUGGUUGGAGAAGUGUUCGCCAGCGAUCGGGACCAAGGAGAUGACGGAGUAGUUUACUACCUCAUAUUUGGUAGAAGCAGAAAGAAAGGAUUUGGCAUCAACAAGAAAACAGGCCAAAUUUAUGUCACAGGUACUUUAGACAGAGAGAAAGAGGAAAAGAUUUCACUCAAAGUAUUAGCCAAGAAUGCAGGGAGCAUCCGCGGUGCAGACAUUGAUGAGGUGUUUGUAAAUAUCACAAUUCUGGAUGCAAAUGACCCACCUGUUUUCAGCCAGGAGCUGUAUGAUGUGCAGGUCAGUGAAGGCCUCUCACCUGGUGGUCUGGUGACCUUUGUGAGUGCCGAGGACUCAGACUCUGUCCCAAGCUGGAGCAGAUUUUCUUACUCCAUUGCUCCUGAAUUUGACCAAAACAUUUUUACUAUCAACCCCAAAAGUGGCCAAGUGUCUGUAGCUGCUGAGCUAGACCGAGAAAAGACUCCUGUGUAUAAUUUGACUGUCCUCGCUGUGGACACCGGUACGCCUCCUGCCACUGGUAGUGCCAUCGUGAUUGUGAAUCUGGAAGAUAUCAAUGAUAACGGCCCGACGCUGACGACCACCUAUGCCGAGGUGAUGGAGAACCAGAGGGCUGGAACGGCAGUUACGACGCUCGCGGCAGCCGACUCAGACCUGCCGCCCAAUCAGGGUCCUUUCCGAUACAGUCUUCUCAGCUCUGGCUCUGGCUCUGCCAACACCUACUUCAGCCUCAGCUCAGCCGGAGUGCUGACCACCAGCAGGGAAAUCGACAGAGAACAGAUCAGUGAUUUCUACCUCUCGGUUGUGAUCAAAGACUCUGGCGUGCCUCAGAUGUCCUCCACGGGAACGGUUCAUGUGAAAGUCAAUGACCAGAAUGAUAACCCAUCAGAGCCGCGAUCCAUGGAAAUCUUUGUCCAUUAUUUUGGAAACGUAUUUCCUGGAGGGUCGCUGGGAGACGUCAGGCCUCAAGACCCGGACAUUCAGGAUAGGUUCCACUGCUCCCUCAUUCCCCCGUCCUCCGCUCUGUUUAGCAUUCCAACUGGAACGUGCAACCUCAACUCUAAAGCUCGUUCAACGGACGGAACAUUUGAGAUCACCAUCCGCAGCAGCGAUGGCGUCCACGGUUCAGUCAGCAAUACAGCCAGAGUCCUUUUUAUGGGCUUCACAAAUGCCACAGUCGACAACAGUAUACUCAUCCGGCUCCACGCUGAAGGAGUCAAAAGCUUUCUCACCAACCACUACCUCAGCUUCCUACGCAUUGCCAACUCUCAGCUAGCAGGACUCGGCACUGGAGUGCUGCUUUAUGGAGCGUUUGAGCUCAACAAUCAAACUUUCCUCAUGGCAGCUGUGAAACGGGGCCACGGACAAUAUGUCAACCCCAGCGGCGUGGCCACAUUCUUCCAGAGUAUCAAAGACAUUUUAUAUAGGCAAAGCGGGGUGCAAAUAGAUGCGGUGGACCAUGAUCCGUGCACACGCAACCCGUGCCAGAAUGGAGGCAGCUGCAAGAGGCGUCUCAGUGUCGGGCCUGAUAUGAAGACAGAGGAAAGCGUCCCAGUGAUCCUUGUUUCCAACCACCCCCUGCAGCCCUACGCCUGCAGCUGCAGGCCGGGAUACACAGGAGCUCUGUGCGAGACGGACAUCGACGAGUGCCAGCCGUCGCCCUGCCACAACGGCGGCACCUGCCAUAAUCUGGUGGGGGGGUUCUCCUGCACCUGUCCCGAAGGGUUCACCGGGAUGGCCUGUGAGAGGGACGUCAACGAAUGCCACUCCAAUCCCUGCCAGAAUGGGGCGCUCUGCCAGAACUUUCCCGGGGGCUUCAACUGUCUCUGCAAAUCUGGCUUUGCAGGCAAAACGUGUGAUUCCAUCAUCAAUCACUGUGAGUGUAACCCGUGCUUUAACGGCGGGUCGUGUCACAGUCGCGUGGAUGGAUAUAACUGUCAUUGUCCCUUUGGGGUUUUCGGAAAACACUGCGAGUUGAACAGCUACGGCUUCGAGGAGCUGUCCUACAUGGAGUUCCCUUCUCUGGAUCCCAACAACAACUACAUCUACAUCAAGUUUGCCACCCUGCAGAGCGACGCGCUGCUCAUGUACAACCACGACAACCAGACCGGGGACAAGGCCGAGUUCCUGGCCCUGGAGAUCUCCCAGGGACAGAUGCGCUUCUCCUUCAACUUGGGAAGCGGGACGUAUAAACUGAUGACGACCAUCAAGGUUUCAGACGGACAGUUUCACACCGUCAUCGCCAGGAGAGCCGGAAUGGCUGCUUCUCUGACCGUCGACCUGUGUGGAGAUGACCAGGAACCAGGGUACUGUGCAGUGAGCAACGUGGCGGUUCACACCGACUGGAUCCUGGACGUGCAGCCUAACCGUCUGUCGGUCGGAGGCGUCCGCUCCGUGGAGCCGGUCCUCCGUCGGCUCGGCCAGGUCUCGUCUCACGACUUCGUCGGCUGCAUCAUGGAGUUCGCCGUCAACGGCCGACCUCUGGAGCCCAGCCAGGCCCUGAAGGCCCACGGCAUCCUGGACAGAUGUCCGAGACUGGAAGGAGCCUGCAGCGCCAGCCCCUGCAGACACGGGGGAACCUGUUUGGACCGCUGGUCCUGGCAGCAGUGCCAGUGUGUGGACGGCUUCACUGGGAAAUACUGUGAGAAAUACAUGACCGCAGACACCGCUCUGUCUCUGGACGGCACCGGCCGCCUGGACUACGCCAUGAAGCAGGGCCCCAAACGGGACGCGCUGCUCCAGAGGGCGCUGCAGGGCCCCGCCUCCGACCCCGCCCCCGACCCCGCCACCCACAGGCUGGAGCUGAAGUUCAGGACGCGCAGCAAGAGCGGCACUCUGCUGCAUGUGCAGGAGAGCAGCAACUACACCACGGUGAAGCUGAAGAACGGGAACAUCCACUACAUCUCGGACGCCGGUGUGGGCGGGAAGGUGGAGCGGACGGUGGGAGACGCUCCGGUCUCCGACGGCCAGUGGCACACGCUGCAGCUGCUGAGGAACGGCUCGGCCACCGUGCUGCAGGUGGACCACAGCCACACCAGAGUCAUCCAGCACGCCACGCAGGACUUCGGCGGUCUGGGAGUCUUAACCUUCUCCCUCGGCGGGAUCCCACCUGGACCUGCUCAGCAGAAGACCGGAGCAGGCUACGACGGCUGCCUGGCUUAUGUGAAGUACAACGGAGAGAACCUGCCUUUCACCGGAGAACACAGUCUGGUCACGCUGUCGAAGACCAGCUCGUCUGUCAGGAUCGGCUGCAGAGGUCCCAACCUGUGCGAGAGCAGUCCGUGCUGGGAUGGACUGAUGUGCAUCAACCAGUGGUACACGUACCAGUGUGUCCCGCCCGGCGACUGUGCCUCCAACCCCUGUCAGAACCAGGGCAGCUGCGUGCCGGACGUUCACUCCGGCUUCACUUGUGUCUGCUCUGAGUUCUACACAGGCAAGGCCUGUGAAACCUUGGUGGCUUGUCUGGGCGUCCAGUGCCCUCAGGGAACCGUCUGCAACUCGGCCAAUAACGGUGGAUUCGUCUGUAGCCCCAGUCCGACCGCAGCGACGAUGGUCCUGCCCAUCUGGGCCGUGCCAGCUAUCGUUGGGAGCUGUGCCACAGUCCUCGCUCUGGUGGUGCUCAGCCUGAUCUUGUGCAACCACUGCAAGGACCGCAACAAGACCAAAGUGCCAAAAGAACCCAAGGAGAAGAACGCCAAGGAAAAGACUAAGAAGAAAAAGAAGAAGAAGAAGAAGGGCAGCGAGAACGUAGCGUUUGAUGACCCCGACAACAUCCCACCAUACGGGGAUGACAUGACAGUACGAAAGCAGCCAGAGGGGAACCCCAAACCGGACAUCAUCGAGAGGGAGAACCCGUACCUGAUCUACGACGAGACAGACAUUCCCCACAACAACGAGACCAUCCCCAGCGCUCCCUGUGCUCCCUGCAACGGCCCAGAGGCCGAUAUCGAACACUACGACAUCGACAACGCCAGCAGCAUCGCCCCCUCCGAUGCGGACAUCAUUCAACACUACAAGCAGUUCCGCAGCCACACGCCCAAGUUCUCCAUCCAGAGACACAGCCCUCUGGGCUUCGCCCGGCAGUCGCCCUUACCGCUGGGAGCCACCAGCUACACCUACCAGCCUCAGUACACACAAGCACUGAGGUCCACGCCCCUCAGCCACUCCCACUCCGCCUGCCCCACCCCGAACCACCUCUCCCGACACUCGCCAGCGCCUUUCAACAAGCCGUCCUCCUUCUACAGAAACACGCCCACCAGGGAGCUCAACCUGGCUCGCCGUGAGGGCAGUCCUCUGGACCUGCACAGCGACAUGUGCCAACCGCCGCCCAUGUUCAACUACGCCACCCGGCUGGGGCGGCGCAGCAAGAGCCCGCAGACCAUGGCGAGCCACGGCCACGCCUCCAGGCCGGGCAGCCGGCUGAAGCAGCCCAUCGAGCAGAUUCCCCUGGAGACGGGGCCCCCCGUGGGGCUCUCCAUCGAGGAGGUGGAGCGACUCAAUACUCCUCGCCCACGCAACCCCAGCAUCUGCAGCGCCGACCACGGGCGCUCCAGUUCAGAGGAGGACUGCCGCAGGCCCCUGUCAAGGGUUCGAAACCCCGCCGACGGCAUCCCCGCCCCAGAGUCCUCAUCAGAAAGUGACUCGCACGACUCCUUCACCUGCUCGGAGAUGGAGUACGAUCGGGAGAAGCCCGUGUCUUACAGCUCCCGGGUGCCCAAGCUCUCGCAGGUCAACGAGUCGGACGCGGACGACGAAGACUACGGCGGGAGGCUGAAGCAGAGGCGGUACUCGAGCCGGCGGGCAGAAGGAGGGCCGGGCGUCGCCCAGAUGCCGUCCGCCGAGCAGCACUACACCCUGCCCCACAAACUGGGUCAGCAAGCCGGGGGCUUCAACUGGGACAAUCUGUUGAACUGGGGUCCCGGUUUUGGACAAUAUGUGGACGUGUUCAAGGACUUGGCCUUGCUGCCUGAGAACGCGGCGGCAAAAGACAUUGAAAUGAACAGUGGGGACGGCUCAGUGACCAUCCUGAACGAGGGGGAGGCUGAGCAGUAUGUAUGAGACUAUUUAUUACAGUGAUGUAAAAUAUGGUGGUGUUCUCCAGUUCUAAAAAGAGAAAAACAAAGACUGUAUAUUUCAAGACAGCAUUGGAAAUCUUUUUUCUUUUUUUUUUUUUUUUCAAGACGACUUUCAAUGCAGUAAGGCAGGAAACUGAGACCUGCACCGUGACUGUGUCCCCGAUCAGCCGCCGUGGAAGAGCUCACCGGUCCGCUCUAUCACUGUACAGCCAUGCAUUCAUCCCUCUGAGGCGCACUACAGCGAAUCCGUGGCACCAAAUGGCUCAGAAAAAGAAACAAAUGGCUGAAUUUCAUUUAGUGACGGCGAUGCUACAUUGGUGUUAUCUUGAUCAAACAUAUCUGUGCUUUAUUAGUCUGUUGCCGCUCCUUUCCUGAAACUUCUGUCACAUUCACUGCCGAGAGAUAAGACGUUAGAUCCUAUCAACAAUCGCAAAAAGAAAAUUCCAGAGGGCCGUAGAGUGAAAGAAAACUCGCCGUCUCUUGUCUUUUCGGGCUCCAUUUUUAAUUGUCUUAAGAGGAAGCAUGUGUGUGUGAUGUGACUGCAGCGGACUCGCUCUGCGCCGCCUGGCCCUGCCUUACAGACAUUUGAGGAUAUCAGUACUGCAGAACGCCGUUCUGUUUUCCUCUCCUCGGGAGGACGAGAGGCUCUUCAGACCAGCCGUUUCUUUUGUUUUCUUCAGGCAGCGACGGUAAAACUAUGAAUCCUGGAAGCACCACCGCGACUAAAACACUAUGAACUUGUGUACAUUUUGUUAAUUCAUGGGAAUUCAUGAAGUCACUCGUCACGUUGUUGUGUCCUUGUUCUUUAUUUUGACGUGUAUGGUUUCUACAUUUUUGUACUGUUUAUUAACUUAAAUUACUUAAGCUGUGUUUUUAUGGAUAUUUUCAUAUGCUGAAAUGUUUGCUCUUGCUUUCGGGGAAAGUAAGAUUGAAGACUUAUUUUUUACAUUUGUUACAUAAGUAACAUCAGUAUUUUCCACUUUUUAUAAAACUAUAACAUGCUGUAUGCUUUGUACCUGUAAAAAGCC